AUGGCUGAUGACCGGCCGCUUCAAUCACGUCUUGGACUGACGCCUCACAUAGUCUUGGAGCGCAAUGGAUCGUUUGUAUCAGUGCCAUUCGGCGAGAAUAACAUGGACACCAUCCUCAGGCGUUUUCACGCUUUGAAGCUGCGCCAGAACGCGCACUCGAGCGCAUACAUGCUCCCACCGGAACUGCUCUUCCUCAUCUUCGAGGACCUCGCAGCCAUCGCGCCACUACAGCCCAAGGCUAACGAUAACUUGUGGAACAAGAUCGGCUUCACCGUAGUCGCGCAGAUAUCGCAAAGAUGGAGAUCCGCUGCCCUCGCACACAAAGCAUUGUGGGCGUCUAUCGAACUCGGUUCGAUGCCUGCGCGCUUCCUCAACAUGAUGGUCAUCCGCGCGGGCGAUCACCCUCUCACGGUCACCUGCACCUCUAAUCGCUUUCCCGGGCCCCAGCUCAUCCCUCGUGCGAGGAAGCUUGAUAUGCAUGGGUUUGACAGCGUCGUGUCACUGCUGCAGAAGUUCUCGACUUUGCCCGCGCUGCCUCUUUUGGAGACUGUCAGACUGGUUCCGACAGGCAGGAAUGUCUACAACGGGCCGGGGUUCUCCUCGAACUUCGUCGAGCACACACUUCCGAACUUGCGAAGCCUUGAGAUGAAGUUCAUACGCUUUCCGUGGGGCGCCGUUGCUCCUCACCUGCGUCGACUCGAGCUCGUGCAGACGCGCGUCGUCCGACUGGACUUCAUCUUAAAGGGCAUAGCUGCUCUACUCAACCUCGAGGUUCUCAUCCUCGACGACAUGGACAUCUCAGCACCGCCCGACGACUUUCGCUCGAUCCACUGCCCACAGCUACGCCACUUCGUUAUCAAAGGCCCGCCCAACGAGUGCACCAUCUUCUGGUGCUCCAUCGAGACGCAUCCGCUCGCUUUCGUACACAUCGACGCCAGCAGAGCAUGCGAAGCGCCCGUGUACCCUGAUACGGGCGAUCUAGCGGAUAUGGCACGAGAAGCGGGAGACCAGUUCGAGCUGUACGAAGAGAGACCGGCUUUCUCUCGUCUUCGUAUGUCGAUGGUCAAGACGAAGCCGAAGUGCCAGAUUGAGAUUGACGAUGAGGAGAGGCCGGCUGGUCUGUAUGGGGACUCCGAAACGCCUUCGCAGCGCUAUCCUCAUCCAAAUGCUGGAUUGAGAGUGAUCUUGCCUGUCCCCCAUCGCAUCAACGAAACCAUGUUCUCGGACUUCGCAGAUCGCGGGUUUGAUACUAUGUGUCGGUUCCUCACCGCGAUUCCUGCAGCGAGCAAGUGGCGCGUUCUGGAGAUGCAAGGGGCCAUGGGCUGGGACGGGAAUAACCUAUCGAGUCUCUUAACCCACCUCUCUGGCAUCCAGAGCCUGAGGUUCGACAACUGUACGGAACAUCUAGCGACGGCGGAAUUCUGCAGAUGA